CUAGACUUGGUCGAGGAUGUUCGAGCUUUGACCACUGCUCCACCAUCGUCGAGGAGGCUCACAUAAUAGCCGGCGAAAUAGAAAGCGACGGCAGACACAAAACUCUGAAAAUUUGUUGGACGUAUAUGUCUAUGUCUAUGUUUAUAUAUAUAGAGAGAGAACCAUAUUAUAAUAAUCAUUGAUUGGCCAAUCUUAUUACUUUUCUAUCUAUCUAUCUAGGACACCCAUUUGUUAAAUCAGCUUCUUUUCCAUCCCGGAUUAGGAUAACUGUUGCUCAGUCGCCCGAACAGAAGGCCGAUAUGGCCCAAACUGAAGUCUACGCGCCCAAGAGUCUGCAACUAUGGAGGGCCCUGUUGAAUUGGUUCUCCUUCUUCUUCCAGAUCUUCGCUCAGGUUAUUAGAGGAACUCCUUCGGUGUCACAGGUCUUUUCCUAUGUCGGUCUAGGGCAUCGAACCAUGCUCUCUUCCAGUUUCCCGUCUUUCAAACCCCUCCCCGUCGUUGAAUUAUCUGAAGUACAUGAGCUAGGGACAGAGACCCCUGUUGCUGCCAAUGAUGAAAGGGUUUCUUUGUCUGUCAAUGAUGACCUUCCUGUUGAUAGGCUCACGGUAGUUCUUGACCUAGAUGAAACUUUAGUCUGUGCAUAUGAAACAUCCAGUUUGCCAUCUAUACUUCGGACUCAAGCGAUAGAUGCUGGAUUGAAAUGGUUUGACCUAGAAUGUGUAUCUUCAGACAAGGAAUCUGAUGGGAAAUCGAAGAUCAACCAUGUUACAGUGUUCGAACGUCCUGGAUUACGAGAAUUUCUAAGACAACUCAAUGAAUUUGCUGACCUUGUGUUGUUUACGGCAGGUCUUGAAGGCUAUGCCAAACCCCUUGUUGAUCGAAUAGAUGCUGAAAAUAGGUUCAUCAAAAGACUGUACCGUCCCUCUACAAUUAACACGGAAUAUCGAGAAUAUGUGAAGGACCUGUCAUGCGUUUCAAAAGAUCUACGCCGUAUGGUUAUAGUUGAUAACAAUCCAUUCAGUUUCAUACUUCAACCAGUGAAUGGAAUUCCUUGUUUGACAUUUUCUGUAGGACAGCCACAGGAUGACCAGCUUCUGGAGGUGAUCCUCCCACUGCUGCGGCAUCUUUCUGAACAAGGGGAUGUAAGGCCCGUGUUGUACGAUAGGUUUCAUAUGCCCGAGUGGUUUCAAAAGAACGGUAUCCCUCCAUUGGCUGCUGGAUAAAAUGUAGGAUAAAUGUGUAUCUAGACUACUACUAUUACUACAUAGAGAAAAACUGCAUCUUCUUUUGUAAUCUAAAGGAGGAGGCUGGAACAUGAGUGGCGGUUGGUUACCUUAGCAGAUGGCUGAAUCGUGACUUUCCUGUUCAUGAAGGGUUUAGAUGGGUGCUGCAUUAUAAUAUAUAUAUAUAUAUUCGAUGUACAUUAUUUGUGUGUCAAAGAAUCAUGAAAUGGUCUAAUACCCGUGCAACUCCAUUGAUACACUUCUAUAUGUUGAUGUAUUGUGCUGAAGAAUAAAUUAUUUUCAUGUACAUGUGG